GAAGCCCAAAAUGUAACAAAAGGAUGGCCCAAAAGUUUUUGAAAGCAAAGCAACAUUUCAUUUUGCAGACGUGGGUUGCGUGACUUGCGUUUUCUACUUCUUCCUCAAGAAAACUCCUCAGUCCUCUUCUUCAUCUUUAUUCCCUUCCCUCCCGAAACAGCGACUCCGAACAAUUCUGCAGCUCCACCGACAUUUUAGGCCGGUGAUAUUUAAAUAUGUCUAGGAGAUAUGAUAGCCGCACGACAAUCUUCUCCCCAGAAGGUCGUCUGUAUCAAGUUGAGUAUGCUAUGGAAGCCAUUGGAAAUGCUGGCACAGCAAUUGGGAUAUUAUCAAAAGAUGGGGUUGUGUUGGUUGGGGAAAAGAAAGUUACUUCCAAACUUCUCCAAGCCUCGACUUCCGCAGAGAAAAUGUACAAGAUUGAUGAUCAUGUUGCCUGUGCUGUGGCAGGAAUAAUGUCAGACGCAAACAUUCUGAUCAACACAGCUAGGGUCCAAGCCCAACGCUACACUUUUGCAUACCAGGAGCCAAUGCCUGUUGAGCAGCUAGUUCAAUCUCUCUGUGAUACCAAGCAAGGCUACACUCAAUUUGGUGGGCUCCGCCCAUUUGGUGUUUCAUUUCUGUUUGCAGGUUGGGAUAAAAAUUUUGGCUUCCAGCUAUACAUGAGUGAUCCUAGUGGAAACUAUGGUGGAUGGAAAGCUGCAGCAAUUGGUGCAAACAAUCAGGCAGCGCAGUCAAUGCUUAAGCAGGAUUAUGGGGAUGGUAUAACAAGGGAAGAUGCGGUUCAGCUUGCAUUAAAAGUGCUCAGCAAAACUAUGGACAGCACAAGUCUUACUGCAGAUAGACUCGAAUUGGCUGAGGUUUUCCUUUCACCUUCUGGGAAUGUGAAGUAUCAGGUUUGCUCGACCGAGUCUUUGAGUGCAAAGUUGGUGAAGUUUGGAGUGACCCAACCAGCUACAGAGGAUUCCUAAGUUACUGAACUUGUUAUAGCUCUGUUCUUGUAUUGCUUUUUUUGGAUGCAAUUGUAGAAACAAAAGUUUGAUGUGAUAUGUUUCCUUGAUCAGGAUACUACUGUUGGAAGGUAAUGAUCAUAAUUAUGGAAUUGCAACAAUUUUUUGAUAAUCUGCUUGUUUAGUCAAGAUUCUCGUGCUAAGGAUGUGUGUUGUCAAUGAUUUGUCAUCUAAUAAUAUUGUGACUUGUUUUAUGACUGCA